AUGACAUGUGAUGUCUCCCCGAUUGCUAUUAAGUCCAUCAUUGUCUAUGCCAAGUACUACUUCGACCUACGAACACUUGCUUUGGCGAAUGACUUGCAGCUGCCUCUUCAGCCGUUGUAUAGGGAACGUGCUAAGCGUUUAGAGGCUGCAAGUCGGGUGUGUGAAGAUAAAUUGCAUAACUUCAAGCGAAGUUAUUCUGCAGAACGUAUACACACGGAAAGAAGGGCACCAAUGGUGCUUUCUUAA